CAAAAACUAAACGUGAUACUAAAAUCAUAAACUUUAACUAUAGGAAAAACACGAAGGAUUUUAUUCUAAAUGAGUCAGUGCAUUCCGGAGUACGUUACUCAAGUUUUUGAUUUUGAGGACUAUUAUACUUGUACGCUAUACUCAAGUUUUUGAUUUUGAGGACUAUUAUAGAGGUAUCAAACGGGAUUAAUUACAACACAUCGAUCCCUAAUUCUCUAUAUAACAGCCUGCAGAUUCAGCAUGUGUUCAAGUUAUCACAUCUCAUUAUAUUUGAUGUGGAUAUACCUAAAUGUUGUUGUUGGUUCAAACUAUACAGCGUAUCCACAAAUAUCAGAUCCUCAUUCAUCAACCGUAGACGUUAGUGACGUUCAUUCGACUACUACAAUAACACGGAAUACAAUGAAUGCGAAAACAAACACAUUGGAAGUAACAACUUCGGCUGAAACCAGCACAACUAAUAGACCUACUGCAUCAUCAUAUUCAUCAUCACCACUUCGCCGCUCAUCGAGCACAACGACCGACGGUACCUCCAAAACCCCUGUCAUGCACUUUAAGUCUUCAACUACACCCGUCACUCCCUCGUCCACCACAACUCCAAUGCCGUCAUUGACAGUGUUUUGUCAGGGCAGUAUGUCAGUGGACUACCUUGGAAAAAGCAUGGGAGCGAAUGGGCGACUGUACCAGCUUAACUGCAAAGGACUAAGACCGUUCGGUAAAAUAGAUGAGAAUAUCAAAACAAGUGAUAAUACCGGAAUCUCCGUUGAUCAAUCUUCGACUAUCCAAGUUGACUACAAUGACGUCACUGAUACUUCCGUCCAUCUUAAUUGGACGAUGAAUACUACCAAAGUCGAGGACAUCAACGGUCUCAAGGUUAUAUAUCGAGAGUUUGGAUCCAAAGAACUCCUGGAAACCACUCAUCUCCAUUCAACGGCAAGGUCGCAUACAAUUUCUGGAUUAAAAACAAGAGGGAAGUUCACAUUUUGUGUUGUACCAUUGGAUACUGACUUCAGCGCCAUCUACUGGAGACAUCAAUGCGUUGAGGUGACGAUAGAUGGCCAUAGUGGUUUAUUCUCUGUUGAUCGUUUUAACGAGAUCACACUCUACGCAAUAGGUGGCGCUGCACUUUUGUUUGUCAUUCUUAUAAUACUAGUCAUAAUUUGCCUAUGUAAGAAAUCGAGGUUCAGUCAUCUUUCAGAGUCGAGAUCACUAUCAAUGAGUGAGGUUUUCCCGAGCAUAUCCACCAAGAAGGCUUACAGUUAUGACAGUCGAUUUAACGAUGUCGCCCACAUUCUCAGCACCGCCCCACAUAGAGAUAGCGGCAUGUAUGAUGCCACGAGCGUUCACACCGCGACGGGGUCGGGCUCCGGGAGAGUGCCGUCACCCCCACCGCCACCGCCACUCCCAGGCACUACCACCAUUGAAAUUCCAAAUGGUACUUUGUGUGUACAAGAUGGUCGAGGCACCGUCACAAGCAGGGUGAUCAACGGUACCCUCAGAUUAAAGGGCACUGAUGUAUUUAAGGAGGUGGAGAAUCGCAAUCAAUCCCCAGUAUAUAGCCAAUCCCUCAAACAACAGAACGUAGACAAUCGGGAUGAAAACUCCUAUGCCAAUGUAGGUGAUAUAAGUCAUGGUAUAACGCUGGAAAACCCCUACCCCGAGAGCCCGUAUUACUCUACUACAAUGGAGCUAGGAUAUAAUGAAGAUACAACUCAAGUCUAGUUGAAUGAGUUAGGAACGUGUAAAAUAUUCUAGAAUGGCUCUAUUAGUUGAGGUUUAACAAAGGUAUCACUUUAGGAACAGACACCAUAUUUGUGAAUCACUGCAUGGUUGUUGUGAAGUAUUGUCAGGGGACUCAAUAUGUCUUAUAUGUUGUUCAAAGGUAUGUCGUUAAAAUGUAACAAUGACAUCUUCCUGAAUAUACCAUCUUACUAUAUGGAUAAGCAUCCAACUGUAGUGCUGUAGUGCCUGUAGUGAAUAUCGUUGUCACUGCUACUAGAUGUAAAGCUGCUGAAUGCUGAUUGUUUUAAUUGAGAUUUUGACAACAGGUUCACAUUUUAGGUUUAAGCCUUAGUUUACGACAGUCUUAGGGGGUUGAAUUUCUCUUAAAACUCAAUGAGUGAAGACGAAGCUAUCUUUUAAGAAGAUAAGUCAAUGAAUGUGAGGGGUAUUCCAUUGGCGGUGUUCAAUGGUAGAGGGGUUAGAGGCAUAUGACGCAUUUCGGUUCAGGUUUUAAACUUGUAUUGGUCUUCUCACGUUUGCUGUAAGUACCAAUGGCGCAGGGUUGUUGGCAUCAUGAGAAAGCAUGGCCUGCUUCUAUUAGCUUCUUUCUAGUUG